AUGAUGAACACAACAACAGUGACGGAGUUUAUUCUACUGGGUAUUCCUUUUCUGUAUGAGCUACACCAGAUUUUCUUUGUUGUCGGUUUAUUUGUCUACAUUAUAGCUGUUCUGGGGAAUGGAUUUAUCCUUAUCAUUGUUGCCAUUGAGCCAAGACUUCAGACUCCCAUGUACAUCUUCCUGAGCAACCUGGCUUUCCUGGAGAUCUGCUACACCACAACUGUGGUACCCAAGCUGCUUCAGACAUUUGUACAAACAAGGACCAAAAUUUGUUUCCACUGCUGCCUGGCCCAGAGUUUUUUAUAUUUCACAUUUGGCGGUUCAGAACUUUUAGUCCUAACAGUGAUGUCUUUUGACCGUUAUUUGGCCAUCUGCAAGCCACUUCAAUAUCCAAUGAUUAUGACUAAGAAUGUCUGCAUUCAAUUGUCCUUAGCCGCUUGGUAUGUGUCAUUCAUAACUUUGUUUUUUCAGUGUCUGGUUUUUUGGCAGAUGCCCUUCUGUGGAUCCAAUGUUGUUGAUAACUUCUUCUGUGAUUCCGCUGCCAUGUUUAGUCUUGUAUGUACUGAUACGCACUUAAGUGAGUUUGUGGGAUUUCUAUUUGCUGUCCUAAUGAUAGUUGUGACCUUGAUCUUAACAAUAGUAUCAUAUGCCUGUAUCAUCUCCACUGUAAUGGAGAUCCCUUCAGCUGUCGGGCGUAAAAAGGCUUUUUCUACCUGUACAUCUCACCUGAUUGUGGUGUUUAUAUUGUAUGGGGCACUGAUAGCCAUGUACGUGAGGCCCAGUGUGCACUCCUCUUCUCGUAUAACCCGGGUACUAGCAGUCUUGAACACUGCCUUUAUUCCAAUGCUGAAUCCUUUCAUAUACACAAUAAGGAAUGCAGAAGUAAAAAAUGCUGUUCAGAAUAUGAUACAUAAGAAGAGACAGUUGCUGAACAAUGAUUUUUUAAAUAUGUUCAAAAAGGUCAGUUUAUAA